UGUCCUAUAAGUUAGCACGUUACAUUUGACUUCCUCAACAAUUUUACAAACCUUCCUUCCUCUUUCCUUCUUCUUCUCUUCCUUCCCUUUAUUUCUCACUCACUUCUCUUUUCAACCACUUUCUCUACUCAAUUUCUUACAAACCAAAUGCUCUUUUUUCUAAUCACACAACAAUAUGGGCAAAGCAUCAAAAUGGUUCAAAGCACUCCUUGGCUUCAAGAAAAAUGACUCUUUUUCUUCUUCUUCUUCUUCCACUAAGAAGAAAUGGAGUGAUGUUAAAUCCUACAAAGAUAAAGAUGUUCAACACCACCACCAUGAUCACAACCCUGACAAAUCACACUACUAUAGUCACGGUAGAAAAGGCGCUGGAGUGGACCCCACUAAUCGUGCGGUCCACUCCAGCAUCACGACGACUAGUAGUGUCCGUGCAGCUGUCACGAGGACGUGGAACGGUGAAGAUUGGGCUGCCGUAGUGAUACAGUCACAUUUCCGAGCUUAUCUGUCAAGGAGAGCUUUACGUGCAUUGAAGGGACUUGUGAAGCUUCAAGCACUAGUAAGAGGUCAUAUUGUAAGGAAGCAAACUGCAGAUAUGCUAAGGCGUAUGCAGGCGUUGAUAAGAGCUCAGUCAAGAGCUCGAGCUGGACGAUUUCAGGUUUUUGAAUUCCCUUCUUUGAGCGCGAAGUCAGCUCAAUUUCUUCAUCAUGGUCCUCCAACUCCUGAGAAAUUCAAGCAUAUUAUUCGUGCAAGGAGCAUGAAGAAUGAUCAAAUGUUUAUGCUCAAGAGGAAUUCUUCAAACCAUAUGGGCAAAAGACAAGAAUAUUUUGCAACAAAUGGCUCAAUUGAUGAUGACAAGAUUUUUGACAUAUACACCAUAAAACCAUAUGCCAAUGCCAAACAAAAGAAUUUAUUUCAUUCCUCUGAACUUAGCUUGAUUUCGGACCAAUUAAGUUUUAGCUAUGAUGAAACAUGUUACUCCUCUACCGAUAAUAGCCCACAACUUCACUCAACAGCAUCAUCUAGAUGUGCUCGUUCAAGGACAGGACCAUUUACGCCGACUAAGAGUACUACUGGAUGCUCGGAUAAUCAUCCGAAUUACAUGUCUUACACAGAGGCAGCUAAGGCAAAAACGCGAUCUAUGAGUGCACCAAAACUAAGGCCUCAGUAUGAUGUGUUAAACUCAACAAAGAGGUACUCAAGAAAUAACAUGCAAAAGGGUUCUAACUUCACCAGCAAAGGCACUUAUCAAGGUUCUGGUAGAUUAGACAGGAUUGGAAUGCCUGUUAGGCGCGUUUCAGAUGAAUUUAGUCGCGGUUCUUCUCACAUAUAUUAAGAUGAUUCAUAUUCAAAUUUGUAAGUUUGAAUUUCGAAUUGUUUCAUCUUGCUAACAUAGGAGUAUAUGUAUAUGUAUAUGUAUCUUGUUCUGAAUGUCUUAUGUCCUGAAUUUGAUUAUUCAUCUGUGUUGGAGAUAUAGUUACUGAACUUAUGUGAA